AUGGAUUAUGUGUUAGACUCUGUCAUUCCUUUAUUAUCAUUUCAAAUUCCAUUCAUUAAAAAAUAUGUUGGUGAUAUCAUCUUGGCUAUACCCAAUGACAAGGUAGAUGAACUAUUAAACACCUUCAAUAGUUAUGACCCCUACAUCCAGUUCACCAUAGAGAGGGAAGAUGGUAAUUGGUCCGUCCCCUUUCUCGACAUAAGGAUGAUCAGGGAAAAUAACAACAUUAAAAUAGAUUGGUAUCAAAAACCGACCCAUUCUGGUAGAUACCUUAACUACCACUCUUACCAUAAUAAUUCUACCAAAGUCAAUUUAGUCAAACAGAUGAAAAAUAGAGUAAUAAAACUAUCAGAUCCUUCUUUUCAUACAAAAAACCUACAAAUCCUACAGAAACUUUUCAUUUCAAAUGCCUAUCCAACACCAUUAGUAAAUAAGAUUUUGUUUAACACUGUCCAAAACGAGGGUACUUCACCUUCCUUCGCGACUAACAAUGCUGAUCCUGAUGUCUUAAGUGGGAACCCAGUCUCGGAUACUCCUAUAAACAAAUAUUUUUCAUUACCAUACUUCAGUGAUAUCACUCCGGGGUUAACAAGGAUUCUGAAAAGUGUUGAAAAUAGCUUUGGUAAUAACAAUAACAAUAUUAAACUUAAUGUGGCUUGUAGAUCAGCCCUAACAAUUAAUAAUCUUUAUUCUAAGAUCAAAGAUAAGACACCUAUAGAUAUGCUUAGUAACAUUGUCUACAACAUUCCAUGCCACUCUUGCAACAAUUCUUACAUCGGCCAAACCACUCAAUUAUUGAAAUCACGUAUCACACUACACAAAAGUGAUUCUCGACUUCACCCAGACCGUUGUGCUUUAGCCAAACAUGUACAUUCCACUGGUCAUCUCAUGAACUAUAAUAACACUACAAUUCUCCACCGCGAGAACAAUAAAUCGAAAAGAGAGUUCAUUGAAAUGUCAUAUAUUUUCCUUAACGAUUUUUCCAUCAAUGUUAAGAGUAACAUUAAGAAUCUAAGCAAUAUAUACCACUUCUUACUUAAAUCCGAUACCAAGAAAAGUGUAACAUCACAGAGAACUAACUUGACUGAUUUAUCCAUUAAUAACUAA